GCAUCCAUGACAACCGCUGCUCCACCGCCCGACAGUCCUCGCCUCGAGGCAACGUAUGCAGAGGCCGACAAGACAAACGACGACACCAAGCUCUCGAGCGACACCUCUCGAGACAUUGAGAAAGGCUCCGGCGACGAUGCGCCCGCUACCACAGAAACGGACCGCUUCUUCGUCGAGUUCCACGGCCCCAACGACCCCAACUGCCCCAAAAGCUGGACCGCCAGCCGAAGAUGGGCCAUCACAGUGUCAAUGAGCCUUAUGGUCUUCACUGUCACCUUUGCCAGUUCAAUCUUCAGCGUAAAUCUCGUCGUGGUACAGGAAAAGUUCAACGUCAAGUUGAUCACGGCUACCCUCGGUGUAGCCCUCUUUGUCCUGGGAUUCGUCUUUGGGCCAAUUGCUUUCGGGCCCAUGUCCGAAGUGCUGGGGCGCAAGAUACCCCUCAUGUCUGGAUUUGCCCUCUUUGCCAUUUUCCAGAUUCCCGUUGCGCUUGCACAGAACAUCGCAACGGUAUGCGUUGGCCGUUUCCUUGGCGGCUUCUUUGCUUCAGCGCCUCUUGCAGUGGUUGGCGGAGCCCUUGCAGAUCUGUGGGAUCCUAUUCCUAGGUCCUAUGCUAUUUGUGUUUUUGCCGCGGGCGGUUUCGCUGGGCCCGUAGCUGGCCCAAUAGCAGGGGGCUUUAUCACCGAGUCGCAUCUUGGCUGGAGAUGGACAUCCUGGAUUACUCUGAUCAUGGCUGGUCUCUUCGGCACCAUUGGAUAUCUCGUCAUACCGGAGACUUCGGCAGCCCGGAUACUGCAACUCCGAGCUGCCCGUUUACGCAAAGAGAGGGGUGAUGAGCGAUACCACGCCGCAGCAGAUGCAAACAAGUUGACGGUCGAUAAGGUCGUCAACGUCUACCUACUAAGACCCUUCAUCAUGUUUGUACAAGAGCCCAUCUUGGCACUUGUAACGGCCUACAUGAGUUUCCUGUAUGGCAUAGUCUACCUUCUUUUUGAAGCUUUCCCAGUCUCCUUCUACGAAGAGCGCGGUUGGUCUCUCGGCGUGUCUCAGCUACCCUUUGGCGCAUUUAUUGUUGGAAUCAUCAUGGGAGCCGGCCUCAUCGCCUACAGUUCUGCUACAAACUUUACACUUGCAUUCCACAAGCACGGUAAAAUUAUCCCAGAGGAACGCCUCCCUCCCAUGAUCAUCGGCGCCAUUGCUCUACCAGUUGGUCUCUUUUGGUUUGCCUGGACCAGUAAUCCUCACAUCCUCUGGGUACCACAGGUCCUUUCUGUCGCCUUGCUCGGUUUCGGCUGCAUGGUUCCUUUCUGGCAGGGAAUGAGCUACCUGAUUGACUGCUAUGGGUUCUAUUCCAAUAGCGCCAUUGCCGUCAACACGUUCAUCAGAUCGUUUGCUGGAGCCUUCUUUCCUCUCUUUACCCACGCCAUGUAUCAUAAGUUGGGUGUUCCGUGGGCGACAAGUCUACUGGCUUUUAUCUGUGUUUUCUUCAUCCCUGUUCCAAUUCUGUUCUACAUCUAUGGGGCCAAGAUCAGGACAAAGAGUAAGUGGUCGCCUCAAGCCUAGUGUGCAUGGAGAUUUAGCAUCUUGGUAUUUUGCAGU